AUGGACCACGUUUCUGAUGAAGUUCUUGCACAAAGGGAUUUGAGAUAUCAGCGAUCUUCUAAAAUCUCUGAACUUAUGGGAGAUUAUCUACUCAAGGGGUGGCGAAUGCUUGGAAGUAACUGUACCAUUUGUGAUACCAUUUUAUUUCUGAAUCCAGAUGGUAACACUUACUGUGUUGCUUGCAGUGAGGUUGACAAUGUAAAUAAACCAAAAGACGAACUGGAUUCAACUGAAAAUACCCAUCCGAAUAAUAAUAACUGUUGUGGUGAUUUGCCUUCAAGCUCCGAUAAGAGUGGAUCUGUCGAUUAUUCUGAUGAUUCUUUUGAAGUUGUUUAUACGGAGACGCGUUCUAAACUGGAUACGCAGAUUGAGAAAUCGCUUAUAUGUAAUCGCUCAAUUGAUCCAAGUGUUCUCAAGGGUCCGAAGGCUCUAUUAAAUCGCUGUUUGCACUGUCAAACAAAUUUGAUUCUAACCGAAGAAGGACUUCCAUUCUGUGUUUUCUGUGGCGAUGCUGGCAAACUACAUUUAAAAAAAUCGAAAACAAUGUGGGACAGUCUCUCAACAGAAGUUAAAAUCAACGCUAUCAAGGCACGAUACCCCCUAUUAGAAUCGAUAGCAUCUGAAACAACAGAUUUGCCAGCUAAAAGACUUAACCAGAGGCCGGAUAUGAUUUCUGAAUACAUUUUCAAGCGAUGGCGAAUAACAGAAAAGUGCUGCAGUGGCUGUAAUGCUCUAAUAUUUCUAACCCCAGAGGGAGAAGAGCAAUGCAUUUUCUGCACGGAGAUUAAUAAGAAGGAGAAACAGGCAUCCUUGAAGGCUCCAGAGACCACUUCAGCAGAAAAUUCCAUGGAAAAGGAGAGACAGCGUCAGCGAUCGGACAAGAUCUCCCAGAUACUGGGUCAAUAUCUGCUCAAGGGAUGGCGUAUGCUUGAUAAGUCUUGUCCUACCUGUGAUACAAUUUUGAUGCUAAAUCGAGAAGGAAAGCUAUUUUGCGUCAGCUGUAACGAGAUUGACAAUCAGAAUCCUGAACCUAAACCGAAAUCCGUGCAAAACGGGGCCAGCAGCAUCGAAAAUAUUAAACUAACACCGAAUCAACAAGCUUAUGAUUACUCAAAAUUACUAAAAGGCAUGGAAACCAAUGCCAAUUUGAAAGAAACUCAAUCCGCUAUUGUGAACGCCAUCUAUACAUGCUCCCAACGCAUCAUCUAUGCCUCCGUGCCUAUGGAUGCCGAAGGAUAUGCUAACGCUGCCAAAUCCCUUUCUGAAGCCCUUCUUAAUUUUCAAAAAUUAUCGUCUCUGUAA